AUGAUGGCCAAGUGGGCCCUGGUGAUGCUCAUGGUCCUGUUUGUCUCGGGGACCCCUAUCCCCACCUCCCAGCUCCUCCCUCAGAACCAUCUGGAGACUUUUUCCUACUCUGUGGCCGUGGAGAGCCACUCAGCUGCCACCACAGGGCCCUCAGCUUCCUGGAGCGACUCCAAAGCUAACCCUCACCUGGACACGCGUGUCACACUCUCCCUGGACGUUCCCAUCGGCCUCCUGCGGAUCUUACUGGAGCAGGCUCGGACCAAGGCUGCCAGGGAUCAGGCUGCCACUAACGCCCGAAUACUAGCUCGUGUUGGCCGCCGCUGA